CUUGGAAGACCAAGCAUAACAUUCAGCUCCUUCUCUAAAGCUUUCUGCCUUUCAUUAGAGAAGUGCCUGGGUGUCAUACCUCAACUUCACCUCGCUCAAAUCCACGCCCGCCUCGGGCCUGCGCAAAUCUCACACCAGGUGUCUCGAGUGUGAACUUGACACGGCGUCGCCAUGGCUGCUCAGUCGUUGAGCUCGUUGCUGCAACGAGCCUCCAUUGAUGAUCACGACGAAGUUCUCCAGUCCGCCAACGACGCAUUGGCGAAGUCGAAAAUAGAUCAGCAUGCACAGCACAUCAAGAUCGUUGCUUUGUUGAAAUUGGACCGCUACGACGACUGCCUGCGCGUAUUCGAGGAAGCCGGUGACGGUUUGAAGAAGCGGGCUGCUCUGGAAUAUGCCUACGUUCUUUACAAGUCCGGCCAGCUGGAGCAGGCCAUAGAAGUGGUGUCUGGAGUAACUGGCGACCGUGGUGCUCUUCACUUGGAAGCCCAAGCUAGCUACCGUGCUGAGAAGUUCCGACGUGCGGCCGAGCUAUACGAAGACCUGUCAAAAGAUGGUGCAUCAUUGUCCAACGAGGAAAACGACCUGCGCAUCAACGCCUGGGCCACGGAUGCCCAGCUGCAGUGGAAGGGAUACCCAGAGUUUGUCCGCCAUAACAGACCAACUCGCGACGAUUUGGAAGCAUUCGAAACCGUCUACAACGCUGCAUGCUUGAGCAUAGCCAAGGGCGAAUUCGAGCAGGGAGAAUUGCUCUUGAAGCGAGCAAAGGAAUUGUGCCGCACGUCAGAAGAUCUCACGCCAGAGGACAGGGAUGCUGAAUUGCUCCCCAUUGCCGUGCAGCAGUUGUACGUCUUGCUCCGCCAAGGCAAGUCCGAGGAAGCUCAAUCCAUCCUAGAGGAGAUCUCUGUCAAAGACAUCCCCGAAGCCUCGACCAAGAAAAUCGCACAGACCAAUGCCACCCUCGCUCGCGGCGCCUCGGUCAACCCUUACGCCUUCUACAAGGCCCUCAAUGAGACCCCCGACUCGACAGAUAGCGACAAGCUCUUCGACUUCCAGAGCAACUUGACGGUCGGAAACUCGCACGCCGCCGACCUCCUCGUCCGCAAGUACGACGGAAUCAUCCGCUCUACCUCCAAAGCUCUCUCCCGUGCCGCCUAUCCCUCCACAGAACCCAGCGUGAACCUCCUCUCUGUGUACAACGCCGCCGCCCACGCCCACGGCGAGUCCGGCACAAAAGCGCUCAAGCCCGUCGUGGCGGCGCUCGACAAACGGCCUAAAGACCUGGGUCUGGCUCUGACUGCCGUGCAACUCUACGUCAGCGCCGGCAACACCACCUCCGCGAUCACCACCCUGGAGUCCACCCUCCAACUCCUGGACGAGUCCAUCUCCGAGCAAGACAAGGCAGUCCGCUUCAACCCGGGCGUCCUAAGCGUACUCAUCUCCCUCUACAAGCUCGAGGGCCGCAAGGUCCAGAUCCGCUCCGAACUCGCCAAGGCCGCAGCCUACUGGCAACAACAGAGCAGCAGCGACGAAUCGCCCAUUCCUCUCCUCCGAGCCGCCGGAGCCUCCCUGUUGCACUCGUCCGACCCCGCGGACCUCACCACGGCCGGCGAGCUCUUCAAGUCCCUCUACCAGUCCAACACAGCCGACCACUUCGCCGUCGCCGGCUACGUCGCCGCCCAGGCCCCCAUCGACUACACCAAGGUUGAGUCGCUAGUCAACCAGCUCCCGUCCGUCGCGGACCUGGUCGCCGAUGUUGACGUGGCUGCGCUCGAAUCAGCCGGUAUCGCGCCUUCUUCCGCUGCGAACGCCGCGGCCGCGGCCGCCAUCGCAGGGGCCCGGAAGAGGUCGGCCGCCGCCGGCAAGGACGACGGCGGCGCGGCGAAGAAACGUGUCCGGAAGUCGCGGUUGCCCAAGGAUUACGAUCCGAGCAAGACCCCGGACCCGGAACGCUGGCUGCCUCUGCGCGAUCGCUCGAACUACCGGCCCAAGGGUCGCAAGGGCAAGCAGCGCGCGGCGGACAGGACGCAGGGUGGUGUGGUGAGUGACAAGGCGGAGGAAUCUGCUGCGGCCACGAAUCAAACUAAGCCUCAAGGUGGUGGUGGCGGUGGUGGCGCUAACAAGAAGAAGAAGAAGGGUAAGCGGUAGUGGUACACAUCGGUAAUCUACUGUUGCUAUAUCUUUUCUUCUUAACUUCUAUUCAUGAGACAUGUCUUGCAUUGGCUGGCAGAGGAAAAAGAAGUCUUUUGAUUCCAUCAUGGGAGCAUGUAAAUAGAAAUUCGAACAAUCUGCUGUUCUGAUACAACUCCCCCUUUUCGCCUUCGAAGCAAAUUCAAAUAUGC